AUGCAAUCAAGUAGUACUUCAAGUAGAUUAAAUCCUGUAAGUUUUGGAAAAUGUUAUUGUUAGUCUGAUAAUCCAUGACACUUCUAGAACCAAAUAUUAUUUUCAAAAAAUUUUUUGAACUCUCCAAUUUUGCAGGCUAAAAUCAAUGUGAAAAAAGAUGAAAUGUUCGUAUUACCAACUCGAGUAAUCGAUUGGAAACAAAUAAAUGAUGAAGAAGAUUUGAGUGAUGUUUCAUCUUCGGAUGAAUUAAUCAAUGAUAUAAAUAUGGAUAAUGAUCAAUUUAUCGAGAAAUUAACGCGACAAUGUUCAGUUUUUGAUUAUGAUUUGGAUGGCCGACAAAAACCACUCGAUUUAUUAUUUGAUAAUCCAGCUGAUGCUGCCAAUUUUUCACCAUAUCAUAUAAUUCGAGAACCGAUGGAAGUUGAAUCUAUUGUUUUGUGGGAUUAUUUUGGUGGAAAUACAUUUAGUGAUCUAAAUGUUAUUGCUGGUAAACAUUAUUUUUCUAAAGAGUUUUGAAAAGUUUUUAGUUUUUCAUCUCUAACUUCUUUUGAAUUGCGUUUUUCAGAUUUCAGAAUUUUUAGAAAAUCUCUGAAAAGCGGGAAAAAUUAUUUUCUAACUACGAUGCUCCGCGUUUACACAAAGUGUAAUCCUGGAGCAUCGUUGUUUCUUUGAGAAACCCAGGCAUAUCUUUUUUGUGCGUAGCGUUUGCUGUUUAGUGAAUUUAAUUUUUUCAAGGCAUAUUUUUUUCUUUGAGGGCUGGGAUGAUCCAAAUUUUACCAAUCGAUAAUUUUCCAGGUGAUACCGUAUAUGUGGUAGCUGAAGAAUAUCAAUAUCGCUGUCUAAACUCCGAAUCCUAUGUCCGCCUACCAUUUCAAUAUUCUUUAGCUCGUUGGAUAUCUGGUCGACAAGUUGAUCCAUAUCUUGGAAUUAUCCCAGCACAUUAUGUGAUACCCAAAAAAUUCUAUCAUGAGAAUCCGUUGCUCUUCAAAUAUCCUCUUUGGUUUCAUGGAAAUAAUGAUGUUGAAGAAGUUGUUCGAAUUCUGUUUGCUGAUCGAUCAGCACUUUGUCCAGGUCUUUUUGCUAUUUUUUCGCCGCCUUGGUUGAAUCCAGAUCCGAGAGAUUUGAGAUGUUAUUUUUUGAUUAUGUUGGUAGAAAGAUCGAAGGAACAUAAUCAAAUGAUUUUGGAUUGUUUGGAAAUGGAGAAUAAAAGUGAGUUUGAUUUUGAAUUUUAAAAAUAGUUAUUUAUUUACCACGUCGAUUUCUCUGAAUCUUUCAAAAAAAGAAUAAUUUUCCAGAAAUCGGACAUCUGACAGAUUUUUUGAAUCGAAAAAUCUUGAAUGCGAUCAAGAAACCCGUUGAAAAUGCUGAAAAUAAUGUUCGAAGUGCAAUUGAUUUUCUAUGCGAACUUCAUGCAACUCCAUAUUCACCGAUGCUUUUGACAAUAACACGAUCUGAAUUGGGACAUUUUGAAUUUAUGUCGAGAAGAUAUUUGACCUUGUAUGAUUUGGGUGAGUUUUAAAGUUUCCGAUCCAAAAAACCUUCCGUUAUUUUCUGCAGUAUAUUAUUUAUCAACACAUCGUUCUCCACUUCCAACUCGUCUAGUUUUCAAUCGAAUGUCACCAGAUGUUGUUAAUCUAAAAUUCGUGCCACCUCCAACAAAAACCUUCAAAAAAUCAAUGAAAGCCCAAAUAAUGACAAUCGAACAGUGGGCUGCACAGCACUUUGAAGAAAUUUCGCACAAUUUUGAAAUUCGUGAAAAAAUGGAAUUUGUCACAAAAUCUGUAUUCGAUUUGGGCAAAAAAACACAUGAAAGAUUUUUGAAGAAAUUUGAUGUGACAACUGAUGAAUAUACAAAAAUUGUGGAAAGUAUGAGUGGAUUUGAAAAAGCUGCUGAAAAACAAAUUAAAAAAGGAGGCGGAGCAAAAAAGGAGAAAAGUCAUAAUGGUACGAGAUAAGUGGAUUAUUCCGCGGCAAAAUUUUAAUUUUUGAAAAUUUUCCACUUGGAUUUUUGUGGCCAUAUUCUAAAUUCCAAUUUUUCAGACAAAAAUCAACCAAAAAAAGAUCUAAAACCAUGGACAGAAUUACCACAACACGAAACAUCAAUUUAUAUCAAUUCACCAUUUUAUAUAAAUAUGGAUCGAAUUCGAUGUAAUCGAAUAGCAUUAGGAUCUGGAGCAUUUGGAAGUGUUGAAGUGGGAAAAUUCGAGAUUGCUCCGAAAAAAUGGCAAAAUGUGGCAGUGAAAAAAUUGAAAAUGUUACCGAAUUCAAAAGAUGAAAGAGAUGCUUGUUUUGGAGAAAUUGAGAUUUUGAUUGCUUUAUCACAUCCGAAUAUUGUUCUAUUUCAUGUGAGUUUGAAAAAUUGGGUUUUUUUCGAGAAAAUUAAAAAAGUUUAGUGGAUCAAAAUGUUAACGUGGAUUGUUUCCAAAUUUUAAACAUUUCAAAUUCCAACAUCAUCCUUUUUUCUAGGGAUUUUGUUUGGACAAAGAUUCGCAAUUAAUGUAUUUGGUAUUCGAAUUAAUGGAAACCGCACUCGAUAAAUAUGUUGAGAAAACAUCGUGUAGAAUGUCGGAAAAUGAGCGAUUGGAUAUUUUAUCCCAAAUUUGUCGAGGAAUGUCAUAUCUUCAUACGAGAUCUCCUUCAAUAAUUCACGGUGAUUUGGCAGCUCGAAAUAUCCUUUUGAAAAAACAUCCGAUCAACUCGAAAAAACAAAUGAUUGCAAAAAUCACCGAUUUCGGACUCGCCAAAAUAUGUCGAGAUGAAUUAUACACAAAUUAUUCGGAUCCCAAUAAAAUACCAUUUAAAUGGUUGCCACCCGAAGUUUUGGGACCACGUAUUUUGUCGACGAAAUCUGAUAUUUGGUCCUUUGGUAUGAUUUGUUUUGAAAUUUAUGGAAUUGGUGAACCGUAUGGUAUUCUACCAGCUGCCAAAGUUUUGCAAUUUUUGAAUGAUGGAUAUCGAUUUGAAAAAUUGCCUGGAAUGUCACCGUGUAUUUUCGAAUUGGCUAUGGAAUGUUGGAGAAAACAACCAGCUGAUAGACCGUCUUUCAGGUAAAUUUUUGAAUUUGGGGAAGGGGAGCAAUCACUUUGUCUUUGUUAAUAUUUGUUAACUUUGUUAAAGACACAAGAGCACCUAGAAAUGAGCAGAAAAUGAGUUUGUUAUUCAUUCUCAACACCUUUCAAGUAAUCGGAAUUCAUGAAAAUCAAGAAAAAAAUUUGAGUCUAGCAAAAGUGAAAAAAUAAAAUAAUUGUUUUUGAAAUCGCUCAGCCGACGGAAAUUUCAAAAGUUUUUGCACACAGCGAAGCAAUAGAGCGCACAUGCUGUUUUUGUCGUUUGAAAAUAAAUGCGGGAAAUCUGUUUUUUCCAGUGUUUCUUGUGUCUUUAAUAUGAGCAAUCACUUUGUCAUAAAAAUAAUUUUCAAAUUUCAGUUUCAAAAGGUUGAAAAAUUUUAAUUAUAAACUAGAACGAAUAUAAUUUGAAAUUUUGCCAGAAACCAGAAUCAGCUCAAAAAACUGAAACUCAAAGAGUUUAUUAAAUUUUCGUUAUAUUUUCUCACAAAACAUCAAUCCAAGUAGGCCAAUUAGCGUUUUCCCUAAUUUAACCCAAGAGAAUUUAAUCUCACGAUAGCAACUUAUUUUAAGCGAACUUGAAGAGCGAUUCAUUGAUUAUAUUAUUGAAGAAGACGAAGAAGAUGAAUUAAUUUCGGUAACUAGAGAAAAAGAACUUUUGGAUCAAUGGAAACAACAAACUAGAAAAGCAAAAGUUAAUAAAAUUAUUGAAGCACAUCCUGAUUUAUGA